AUGUCUACCGGCCUGGACGACACAGACAACGUGUUCGACCUGAACGAGGUCCCGGAGACCGAGCUGCUGGACAACAGCAUCCAGAAGGGCCGCGCCCAGCUGUCCGUCAAAGCCCGGAGGCCCCGCCCCUCCAGGUCUCGUUACCGUGACAGCGUGAGCUCCACGGAGGGCGACGACAGUCUGGAGAGGAAGGACAGUCCGCUACACUCUGCCCGCUCACCUCUCCACGUGGCCAUGAGAGGCUCCUCCCCCUCUCCUGAUUCGCUGCUGACAUCUCGAAGCCCCGCCUUCUCCUUCGACUCCUCCCUGGUGCGACGCUCUCCGGAGGAUGAAGGAGCCUCACUGGCUGCCCCCCCGAGGGGGCGGUACCGUCAGCUGACCAACGCCACAUCUCAGGAGGCCCUGGUGACUCCUAGCAGCUCGCCCUCACGGUCCUGCCCCUCCUCCGACUGCUCCCGGGUCUACAUGAGGAGGAGCAGGAGGCCCGACAGCGAAGUGUUGGUUUCUGAUUCGAGUAGGGACACAAGUCCAGCUGAUCCCGACAGUCCGAAUGUCGUCUUCGACAAGAAAACCAAGAGACGUUUCCUGGACCUCGGGGUGACUCUCAGACGUUCAUACAUCCGGGUGAGGAAAGAUAAAUCCAACAGGCUCUCUGUGGGCAGCCGUGAGCCGUCUGAGAGUCCGUCUCGGUCUUCAGGGUCCUUCGUCCCGUUCUCCUGGUUCACCGAAGGACGGGGGUCUCUUUCCUCCUCCGGGACUCCACCUGGAUCCCCCAAAGUCCCCCCUCUGAGCUCCCCGAGCCCCCGCAAGUCCCUGUCACAGGAGUCGGCUCUCAGUGAGGAGUUCUCUCCUCCUCCCACCUCCUCCUCCUCCUCUCCUCCUGUUGACUCCUCCUCCAGAUCCUCACACCCGUACCACACGCUGUCCCAGUCCUCUGACGAGCCCUUUGAGGACCCAUCCUGUCUGGUUUCUUCGUGGACGACCCAGCAGGUCUGUCAUUGGCUGAGAGGACUCCACAUGGAGCAAUACGUCCCAGAAUUCAGUGCGAGAGACGUGGACGGACAGCAGCUGCUGCAGAUGGACGGCAACAAGCUGAAGGCUCUGGGCGUGCUCAGUUCGUCUGAUAGAAGCGCUCUGAAGCGUCGCAUCAAAGAUUUUCACUCUGCAGCCGAGAGAGAAAGAAAAGAGAAGAGACAGAAAGAGAAGAGAAGAAGAGACAACGAGCACCGCAGGAACUGAC